AUGCCCGGAGGCGUUACCGUUCGUGAUGUCGAUGCCCACAAGUUUGUCGCGGCCUACGCGGCUUUCUUGAAGCGCCAGGGCAAGCUCCCUGUGCCCGGUUGGGUUGAUACCGUCAAGACCGGCAAUGCCAAGGAGUUGCCUCCUCAGGACAUUGACUGGUGGUACAUCCGUGCCGCCUCGGUCGCUCGCCACGUCUACCUGAGGAAGACCGUCGGUGUUGGCCGCUUGCGCAAGGUCCACGGCAGCGCCAAGAACCGCGGCACCCGCCCCUCGCACCACGUUGAUGCCAGCGGCUCCGUCGACCGCAAGAUCAUGCAGGCCCUGGAGAAGAUCCAGGUCCUUGAGAAAGAUGAGGAGCGUGGCGGCCGCCGCAUCACCCAGCAGGGCCAGCGUGAUCUUGACCGGAUCGCCCAGACCGUUGCUGAGGCUGAUCAGGAGUCCGAGGCUGAGGAGGAGGAGUAA